UGAAAAGCUGUUCAGAACGCGACGCGUCGCACAAACACAGUACUUUUUUUUUUUUUAAUAUCACAAGAUUUCUGGAAUUUGGGAAUAUCCGGAAAUUUAUUUAAUUGUAAUUAUUUAAUUUGCGAAUUUGCAAAUGGUUUAAUGUACUGAGGCUCUACGCACAUUUUGUUUUAUCUAUAAAUAACUUUUUAUGAUGGCAAUGUCAAAACUGAAAUUUAAGCAGGUUAUUGUUCCUAGUCAUGACAAACCGAUUGCUACCACUGAAUUGGUUAAAAGGAUGAGGAGUUUACUGGAUGAAUUGUCGGAUAUGGAACAGGAAACUACAGAUCGUGAGUCACUACUGCCAGUGGCCUCAUCUUUAGUCAACCAGAAUCUUUUACACCACAGAGAUAAAGGUAUCCGAUCUUUUGUAGGAUGUUGUAUCGUGGAGCUUCUUCGACUUUGCGCCCCGGAUGCUCCUUACACAUUAUCUCAAUUGGAAGAAAUAUUCCAAGUAAUUCUAAAGCUUAUGAGCGGACUCGAAAAUCCUGAGUCUACAUAUUAUUUACAAGUUUAUCGGAUACUUGAGAGUCUUUCAAAUGUAAAGUCUGCCGUACUCAUGGUUGACUUGCCAAAUGCAGAGUCCUUUUUGGUUUCCAUUUUUCGUCUCUUUUUCGAUAUCUCCAGAAAAGGGACCAACAAAAAUGUGGAAUUCUAUAUGCUUGACAUCAUUCAUCAGUUAAUCAACGAAAUCAAUAGUGUACCACAGGUCGCUAUGAACAUUCUGUUUGCUCAGUUAAUUUCAGGUCAUGGGGUAAGGGAAUACAUAGGUUCACCAGACUCCCAGAACCAUGGGCCAGCUUUCCAGUUGGCUAGAAAUAUAUUUCGCGAUUCUUCUGAUCGCCUACAGCGUUACGUUUGUCAAUAUUUUUCCGAUAUUGUGUUUGAUACAAAAGACUCCGUUUCGGACGAGAAGACAAAUCCAGAGUUUAUUUUCGCUCAUAAUCUCGUUAUUCAGCUUUGGCAAUACGCGCCUUUAACGUUACUUAAUAUUGUUCCUCAGUUCGAAAAUGAACUUCAAGCUGAGCAAACCAGUGUACGGCGUGUAGCUAUCCAAACAGUCCGGCUUAUGCUUCCGCAUCACUCCCUCUGGUUGGACUACCCAAAGGUUUGGGCGGCUUUUUGCGGUCGUCUCAAUGACAAAGUCAUAGCUUGCCGAAUUGAUUGUGUUGAAAAACUAAUGGACGUAUUAAGGAACCCUUUGGCAUCUUCGGACGUAACUACCUAUGUUAUUCAACUUUAUCAAGGAAAGCUUGCAGAUUCAGAUGAAAAAGUUCGUAUAGCUGCCUUGCAGGCUAUUGGUCAUUUGUCAGUCGACAUAAUUAAAACCCAUGUCCCUGUGGAAAUUUUGAAAUUAAUGGGAGAUAGACUUCGCGAUAAAAAACUGUCAGUUCGAAUUCAAGCAAUCCAGACCUUAAGUAAAGUCUAUCAUAAUGCAUUUCCUGGGCUAGAAGCAGGUGAAGAAGUUAGUAUUCAACUUUUCGGUUGGAUACCUUCUUCUUUAUUAGAAAUUUUCUAUAUAAAUGACGAAGCUACGAACACUACCGUUGACCUCGCGAUGAAUGAGCUUGUACUCCAGCAAUUAAAUUCUGACACAGAUACUCGAGUAAUCAGACUUUUAGUAGCCAUGAACCAUUUUUCAGAAAAAGCGUUGCGUGUUUUCUUCAUGCUACAACAAAGACAGCUUAGAUUUUCUGGAUAUUGUAAAUAUUUCAUUGAAUGCUGUAAAAGCUAUAAUGGUGGAGUCAUAGAUGAGAAUGAGGAAGAAACGAUAUCCAGACUAAAAAAGGUAAUAGGAGCUAUAUCUUCGAAGACCGUCAAUCCCUCUUUAAAUGAGUCAGCCUUGCAAAAGUUUGCAGAUACAAAUGAUCGACAGGCAUACAAAAUGUUAAUGGAAAUAUUUUCUUCCAAAAAUGACUAUCAGACGGUUUUAAAAAACGUUAAGCACUUAUUCAAAAGGGUAUCGGCUAGCAUGAGUACACAACAUUUUGAAUGUUUUCGAGUGUUGGUUUAUCGCUGUGCAUUAUUUGUCUUUAACAAAACGACUGUAAUAGAGCUAGUCAACAAGAUUGGAAGCUUGCAAAACAAUUUCCAAUAUGCAAAGUCUGCUGAGAUUUUGCUUCAACAAUUACCAUUAAUUCAUCCUGAGAUUUACGAGGAAUUAUUCUCAAACAUGGAAAGUAUGAUUUCAUCGUUUGGUCUAAACGCAGAUGUUAAGGUAUUAAAGACUCUGUCGCAUUUCGCAAAGAAAAAGAAGAGUUUUUCCGUGAGUUCUGAAGUUAUCGAUAUUCUUAAAUCUCUUUGCUUUCAGGGGACAGAUGGUCAGGCGAAACAAGCAGCUACUGUGUUAGCGCUUGCAGAUAAUUUUUUUGACCUCGAUUCCUUCAUAUCAGAAAUUGUUAAUGGAUUACACUAUAAUGAUACUUUAUCCGUUCGGUUGUCAGCCUUAACACAACUGGUUUUAUAUCGAUUAGAUGCUGUUGAAAAGCAUGCUGAUUUUAUUACCGAGUGCUUGGUAAAGGAAAUAAUUCAGAUGGUUCCAGAGACGAACGAAGGCGAAGAUGAGACUGAUGAAUGGUGCGACUUUCAAUCUUUGGAUCACCUGUAUCGUUGCAAAGUACUUGCAGUUAAGGUUUUGGUUAAUCGCUUGCGAGCUGGACAUCAAUCCCCGGAAGCAUUGGAAAUAGCCGCGCCUGUUUUAAAGUUACUGAAUGUAAUCUUGCUAACAGGAGGUGAGAUCAGUCCUCAUAAAAAUACCCCCAAGUUGGGUAAAGCUCACCUACGAAUGAUAACGGGGAAAUCGUUGCUCAAAUUAGCAGCCAUACCAACUUAUGCAAAUUAUUUAGACUUUAAUACCUACUUACGAACUUCAUUAUUAUGUCAAGACCCUUUUUUUGAUGUCCGAAAUGCCUUUAUACAAAAUUUACAAAAGAAGCUACAAUAUCGAAAGCUUCCAAUGCAGUUUUACGCGCUCAUAUUUCUCGUUGUCCAUGAUCCUGAGGAAGAGAUAGUUGCGAAAAUGUCUUUAUGGAUAUGUUCCCAAGUAAUUCAUUUUCGUAGAAUGCACAACUAUACUAUGGAAUAUGUUGUCACUUAUUUGCUUCACUUGCUGUCGCAUCAUCCAGAUAUCUCAUUGUCUGACAAUGAAAAUGUCUUUGAUUUUGUGAAAUAUAUACAAUUUUAUGUAGAAAAUGUGGCUUCAAGUGAUAAUAUUCCUAUUAUCUUUCAUCUAGUACAACGGAUAAAGCAAAAUUAUGAUGCUGUUGAACCUGAACGAAAGUACGUCUAUAUGUUGAGUGACAUAGCACAGAAAGUUAUCCAAGUAAAGGCGCAAACUAUGGGAUGGAGUUUGACUACUUAUCCAAAACAGGUGAGACUUCCAAGCAUAGUAUUUAAGCCUUUUGACACUCCUGAAGAGAAGCAGAAGAUCUUUAUAAAGAAUUUCCUUACGCCUGAAAUAGAAUCCGCCAUCGAACACAUGGUAAGAUCUUCUACGAUCUCUAGUACUGCAAGGCUACUUACGAGAUCAAAGACGACCAAGAAAGGGAAUCCUGAAAAGUUGAAGAGGAAGCGGACUGGUACUAAGCAAGCAAAACCAAAUAAAUUGGACAAAAAGGAUCAAAGGCAAUCAAAUAUUCCUCGUAGAGCAAGUACCAGAGUAUCUUCAAAGCAGGUAAAUUAUACAGAAGCAGAGUCUAGUGAAGAAGAGUCUGACAACUCCGAACUCUCUUCUGAGUUUGAGGAAGAGGAAUAGAAAAUCAGUUUUACGUUGGUCUAACCAGCUUAAAAUGUGGAAAUUAUUUAUUUUAUAUGCAUGCCAAUAUUAUUUAUGCUUUACGUAUAAAAGAAGCACGUUUUUACCUUCGUGUUGCUUAUUCCUUUGGUUUAAUAUUUACAAAAUGGGCUGUCUUUCUUCUAACGAUGGGUUUCAAGUCGUUGCAUUUUUAAAAAUCAAUGUUGUUUUUUAGGAUAUAACUUACCGUCCUUGCAUGUUUAGUCGUUCUUUUUGUGCAGUCGAUUUCUAAUGUGUAUAAACUUUUUCGCUACCUCCUUUCCUACUCUUUCUUUUAUAAUAAUUAAUUUAUGAGAACGAAAGGCAUCAGCUGAUAGGAGUCGAAAAUGCUACCAAUCUGUUUCUAAAUAAAGCUAACGAAAACUUACGUACGGAGCAAAAGGUAAUUGCCCGUUGAACAAAUAUAUCGCAUAUUUGUUUAUACUUUUGUAGCUUGAAAGACUUAAGAGUUUGAAAAGCAUCAGCUUUUUACGAUUCGGAUUCAUAUCGUAAAUAAUGAGACGAACAUCAUUAAUGAGAUAACAUUCGCUUACAGUUUAAACCCGCAUUAACCGAACAACAGAGAUACAGUAGUCACGAAAGAGCUUUCUCAAAGAUUUUUAAGAAAUUUUAUUAUUUUCGUUAUGUAUCACUAUUGUGUUUACCAGCAUCUUUCGAGAUUGUUAAUGGUUGGAUAUGACCGUCAUACUGGCUUUGCUUCUUACCUAC